AGAUAAACCAUAAGGUGAUGAUAAGGUAAUGGGCUGCCCUCCUGGCGGCAACCGCAGCCCCGGCCGUGUCACACGUCGACGUCUUGCGCCUGUUGCCCCAUCGGUGCCCCAACUUGGCACGCGGCUUCGAGCGGGUGCCGCGUCGGAAGUGGCCGAUGGGCAACGGCUUCAAAAAGGCGGGUCGCCCGCCUAAACUUCCGACGACGAUGAAGGACAACCUCAUCACCAUCGCUCGCUCCAUCGACAGACUCCAAGCCAAACGCCAUCACAGCGAGCCAUCGAAGCCGUGAGAAGAUUGACAACAAAAUCAACACCAGCAACAACACCCAAAAUGCCUUCCAUUGCCGACGAGUUCGACUACAAGCUUGACCAUGUCAAGACCACGUCGGUGAGCUCCGGCGACAUUGACAAGACGUUCCGCUCAAGUUGCAUUGACCUCGUCUCGGCCGCCCUUGGCGGUAAGGUCCUCGCCUUCUCAGACCAGUGGUUCGCCGAGGCGGCCAACCUGCUGACACCCACUGCCCCUAUCCACCAGCCCGGCAAGAUGGUCUUCACAGGAGCGUGGUUUGACGGCUGGGAGACGCGCCGCCACAACGCCGCCUUCGACUGGGUCGUCAUCCGCCUGGGCGUCGCCUCGGGCACCGUCGAGGGCAUCGAGGUCGACACGGCCUACUUCACCGGCAACUACGCCCCUGCCAUCUCCGUCGAGGGCUGCUUCAGCACAAACGACGACGAGGUCGUCUCCUGGCAGGGCGGCCGCGGCAAGUGGGAGACCAUCCUCGGCGUCGAGGAGUGCGGACCCUCGCAGCGCUUCGGCUGGAAGCUCGACGCGCCGCCCGCGGGCAAGCAGUACACCCACGUCCGCCUCAACAUGUACCCGGACGGCGGCAUCGCCCGAUUCCGCCUCUUCGGCCACGCCGUCCCCGUCUUCCCCAACGACCGCGACGCCGUCUUCGACCUCGCCGCCGCGCAAAACGGCGGCGUAGCCGUCUCCUGCAGUGACCAGCACUUUGGCACAAAGGACAACCUCCUCCUGCCUGGCCGCGGCAAGGACAUGGGCGACGGCUGGGAGACGAAGCGCACCCGCGGCAAGGGUCACGUCGACUGGGCCAUCAUCAAGCUCGGCGCCCCCGGCUACGUCCACAAGUUUGUCGCUGACACGGCCCACUACAGGGGCAACUUUCCGCAAAAGGUGGCCAUCCAGGCCCUCUCGUGGGAUGGCAAGCAGGGCGAGCCCGACGACAAGGACCCCGCGUGGCAGGAGGUCGUCGCCCCGACCAAGAUGGGGCCCGACGCCGAGCACGAGCUGGCCUGCGCCGCCGACAAGACUGCCUUUACGCACGUCAAGCUCAUCAUGAUCCCCGACGGCGGCGUCAAGAGGCUGAGGGCCUUUGGCCGGCGCGCCGUGUAGACUGGGGUCUCGCUCGCUGGCUCUUCGGUUGCCUGCGCGAGGGCUUACGACGUCUGUAUCCCGUGACACCGUAGCAAGAAAAUUCAAUGAAGCUAUGAGAUAGAUGAGACAAAAAUGUUUAAAAAACACAUAUGUAA